AUCAUUGGAAAAUAUUUCUCGUCCCCACAACUAUUCAAAAAAUAAUUUCUGUAAAAAAAUAUAUACUAAAUUACAGAAUGUUGCGCCUUUUCCAUGCUCUUACGUGGCAACUGGUGAACCGACGUCGUUUGGGCCUCAUUCCCCAAACCGAAGCGAAGCAUGGGGCAGUCAAGGAGUUGAAUGAGCCAAAAAGCGGAGAGAUGGAGCUAAAGGAAGCAGUCAAGGGAAAGAUGGAGCUAAAGGAAGCAGUCAAGGGAGAGAUGGAGCUGAAGGAAGCAGUCAAGGGAGAGAUGCCAGCAUUCAAUGAAGAGAAGCAGCUGAAGGAACCUCCGCACAAAAAUCAGGAGCUAAACCAACCAAUCCUCAAAGAGCGGGAUCUGAAGCAGCCAAUCCUCAAAGGUCAGGCGCUAAAGCAGCCAAUCCUCACCAUGAAUGAAGUGCAACAAUCCCUCGAUAAAGCAAAAGAGGAGCCCAAACCCGACGAGUCUAAGCUGAGCGAGCGCUAUCUGAAGUUCCGGGAAAAGCUACGAUCGGAGGCGCCCCUGACAUGCCUGCCGAAAGGUGCACCACAUCCGGCCCACGAGAAAGAUCCCCUGGUGCCAUGGCCCAACAAUACCAAUCCAUAUACCGGAGAAGUCGGUGGACCGGCGGGACCAGAGCCCACACGGUAUGGCGACUGGGAGCGCAAGGGACGCGUUACAGAUUUCUAGACAAAAACAAAAAGACAAUGUAUCUUUCACCUCUGUUUGGACAAUUUUGUGAUUUAUUAGACGUGUUAACAACAGAAGCA